AUGGAUGCUAUAGAUUCUUCCUUAAUUUAUCAUUUAUUCAAGUGUUGUGAAAUUUUUAAUGGGCAAGAUAGAAGUGAAGAACAUCUUAUAUUUGAUUAUGAUAAAGUUGCAGAAAGUAAUACUACUAAUCAAAGUAAUUAUAUUUACUUAAAUGAUGAAAUAGAUGAUCAGAAAGAGACUGAGAAAGAUUUAGGUUUAUUAUCAAAAAAGGAGGAAUCACUAGCUUCAAUUAUCUAG